AUGAAUGUAACUAGAGAGAAGAUCUGCUCUGAACAUGAUGACGUGCUAAAGAUCUACUGCCGUACUGAUCAAAGCUGUAUUUGCUCCUUGUGCAUGUUGGAUAAACAUAAAGGCCAUGACGCUGUAACAGUUUCAGCAGAAAGAGCUGAGAAACAGAGUGAGUUAAAGGAGAAGCAGAAGAAGGUGCAGGAGCUGAAACAGGCUGUGAACACUAUAAAGUGGAGUGCAAAGAGAGCAGUGAAGGACAGUAAGAAGAUCUUUACUGAGCUGAUCAGCUCCAUGGAGAAAAAGUGCUCGGAGGUGACAGGGCUGAUCAAAGCUCAGGAGAAGGCUGAACUGAGUCGAACUGAACGACUCCUGAAGCAACUGGAGCAGGAGAUUGCUGAUUUUCAGAGGAGACUCAUUGAGCUUGAGCAGCUUUCACACACACAUGAUCACAUCCAGUUCCUCCAGGCUUUAGCUUCUGGACGUCAGUCUCCUAUAAUUGAGAGACUAGAUUUUCAGAUAUCCAGCAUCAGUGUCCAUCAAAAUCUCUCAUUUGAUGGAGUGAGGAAUUCUCUCUCAGAUCUGAAGAAGAGACCCGAGGAAUUCUGUGAGGAGGAAUUCAACAAAAUCCCUCCACAUGCUGCAGCAGUUCAGAUCUUUUCACUACCAGAGACACAGAGCAGAGAAGAGUUUCUGAAAUAUUUCUGUUAUCUGACUCUGGAUCCCAACACGACACAUCGUAACCUCAUUCUGUCUGAGAAGAACAGAGCGGUGAGAUACAGUGAGAGAGAGCAGCAGUACUCUGAUCAUCCAGAGAGAUUUGACUCCUGGCUUCAGGUGUUGUGUAAGGAGAGUGUGUGUGGACGCUGUUACUGGGAGGUGGAGUGGGGCGGUGGUGUGUCCAUAUCAGUCUCAUAUACAGACAUCAGCAGAAAAGGACGGGCUAAUGAGUGUGUGUUUGGAGGCAACAAUCAGUCCUGGAGUCUGCGGUGUUCUUCUUCUUCUUCUCUCUGUUUCUAUCACAACAACAUUAAGACUGAUCUCGGAGCUCCAUCAUCCUCCAGAAUAGGAGUGUAUGUGGAUCACAGUGCAGGAACUCUGUCCUUCUACAGCGUCUCUGGCACGAUGGAGCUCCUCCACAGAGUCCACACCACAUUCACUCAGCCUCUGUACACUGGGUUUGGACUCUAUGGGUCGUCUGGCUCUACUGUGAGAUUGUGUGAUCCAGAAUAA